AUGGAAAAAAAUGAAUUAUUUAUUCUAGAUGACCCAUUUAACCUUGAGUUAAAUCUCAAGAGAUCAAAUAUGGAAAUGGAAUCAGAAAACUAUUCAAAUAAUGAGAAUGGUGGGAAAAAAACUUGUAUAGAUAACGAAAAACCGAAGAAAGGAUUUGGGUGGGAAAUUCGUGUAUAUAAUGAGGAAAAAAAGAAAAAUCAAACUUUUCAUAUUUCCGAAGAAGUGGGUAAGAAAUUUAACUACUUUAAAAUAUUGGGUGAGAGAAGUUCUUUGGAAGAUGACUUAGAGUUUAAAAUGAAUUUUGAAACUGCAAAGAUUAUCUUUCAGGAUAGUGGUCAUAAUUGCAAUGGGAUAUUUAGAAAGCUUACACAAGAUAAUUUAGAAACAGUGCUAAUUACCCUAGAUUACAUGGGAUUUCUUCCAAUGGUUGGCUUAGAUAAUAAAGAACAAGACAGUGAUGAAGUUGAUGUUGAUUUAUUUUGGUCAAUGUUAGCGAGGAAAUUGAGUUGUUUUGAUUGGUUUGGAAGUGAAACCUCAAUUGCCAGUAUGAAAAUGAGGCAAAAAGUGCUGAACCUAUCAUUAAAGCUACAGAAUGGGUUUAAACUCCUUCUUGAAUUAGUGCAGUAUCACCAAAUGAGAGAUGUAGUGAUUUCAAUUGAAGGAGGAAGAGUUAUUAGAGAGAUGUUCAAACAAAAGAGUGAAAUUUAUAGCAUACGGAUAAUCAAUACAAUCUGUGAGUCUCUUGGAGCCCAGUGGUCACCUGAAAUUUCCAAAGUUGAGGAUUUCCUUAAAGGAGUCACAGAAGAAAAUAAUAUAUUCGAUGCUAUUUCACAAGUUUGGCAGCCAACCCUUUGGUACAUUAGUGAACGUAAAACUAUUAACCAAUUUGCACAGAGUUCUCCACACGUGAUUACGGGAGAAAUAAGUGGUUUUCCUAUUGAACUUGAACUUUAUGCAGACCAGGAUAGUGAGGGCUCUACAACCACUGUAAAUUUUGCAAUGGAAACUCUUCCUCCAAGUCCCGAUGCCUCCAUAACUAGUGUGACAUCAUUGGGUAUCUUUGCAUAUCCAAAAACUCGUUGUACAGGCUUUUUCAAUUGUUUUGCAGCUAGAGCCAAAUUUUACUUUGAAAAAACUUUUCUUGGGGAAGCUACUUUUGACUUAUCUUCGGACGGUAUCAAGGCAUUUUGCCCAGUAAUAUCAGGUGGCCCUAAUAAAACUGGGUUGCUAGUAACAUGCAGGAUAGAUGAGUUUGUGGAGCAAAACAAGGAGGACUUACAAAAAGCUUUAAUGGAAAAUCAACCAAGUUUUAGAAGCACUGAAAGCUUGAGAGUUUUGCAACCUUCAGUUUAUAAUGGCACAUCACUUGACCAAAUUACCAUCAGUAAUUUGGAUGUGGAUAUAAAAAUCCGGUUCUUUCCUUUGAGAACUCUAACCCUAUACUUGCUUUACAAAAGAAGUCUAGAAGUAGACACAAAGUUUAUAACUAGAUUUUCCUUUUCGCUUCAACAAGAUGUAGCUGAAUGGCUCGGGACUUAUUUCACCUGUGUUUGGAUACAAAUUUCGAAGCAAAAAGACUCUCUCUUUACAAAUAAAUAUAAAUCCGUUCUCUCCUUAUCAUCCAAAUCUUUGAAAGGUCGGAAAGGUUCGGAUUCUGGUUCAAGCAUAAAGUUUUCAGAAAACAAUACUCCGAACCCUUCAACCAGAUAUUCAUCAUCUACAUCCUCUUCUGGAUCGCUUGAUUUCCUUUCAUUUAUUGAAAGUGAAAGACCUUCAAAUGGUGAAAGUUCUCAAAGUAAUUUAUUGAGAGCAGGAUCUAGGAAUUCAAAUGUUCAGACUGUUGACCUCAUAAGUGAGCUUAACCAAGAAUCUGAGUUGAAGAACACCCCAUUUUCUUCAUGUUUUUCGGAUACCCUUUCUAAUUCAUAUUCCAAGAUUGGAAUAAAUAAUUGCUAUAUUGACCCAGUUUCUCCAGGAAUUUCUCCUUUUCCUCUUAUCAAUGCUUGGUUCAAGGGGGUUGGAAAGCCAAGCGAUAGCUGGUGCAUUCACAAUAUACUUUCGGAAAUACUCUCAGAUGAUUUGAUCACUAGGCAUUUUACAGACGUACUAACACUAAUACAAACUUGUGAAUCUUGGGUUGAUGCAGAAUCUCUAGCAAAUAUCAGACAACAGUUUAUUCAUUUUAUGAAUAACAACAAACUAGAUUCUAUUGGUGCGUUGUUGUUUGAUUGGAUUCGUCACAUCCCAAAAUCCCAAAUUCUCGAGCUAAAAGAGUAA